UUCAUUGUAUAUGCCAUGUCCGGUUUCCUCUGUGCCUUCUGGAGAUCAGUCCUUCAGUUUCUGUGAGGUUUUUUUCUGCUGUUAUGUCAGCUAUUGAAAGUUUUAGUUAUCUUUUGAAAGCCACCUGGGUCUGCCUGCACUCUUGGGUUCAAACCCUCAUUCAGUCAUGAGAUCAAUCAGUAACAAGAUGUGGAUAUCACUGUGAACUCAAACCAUCUGGACCAGUUGUUUAUAAGACGUGUACAGUAUUAAGCCAUGCCGAGCUGAUGCCGAAGUAACAGCAGCUGGCAGUGGGAGUAUGUGAGGAUAGCCUCCUGAAUUUUUACCUACUUUGAGCCCACUGGUACUCUUCUCCGACGGCCGGGAGGACUUGGUUUUGGCGAUGGGGAGGAAGAAGAUUCAGAUCACCCGGAUUUUAGAUGAGAGGAACCGACAGGUGACUUUCAUGAAGAGAAAGUUUGGUCUGAUGAAGAAGGCCUAUGAGCUGAGUGUUCUGUGUGACUGUGAGAUCGCUCUCAUCAUCUUCAACAGCUCCAACAAGCUGUUUCAGUACGCCAGCACCGACAUGGACAAAGUCCUGCUGAAGUACACCGAGUACAACGAGCCCCACGAGAGCAGGACCAACUCAGACAUUUUAGAGGCUCUGUAUAAGAAGGAGCACCGAGCUUGUGACAGUCCCGACGCUGAGGCCUCCUACGUCCUCCCACCGAGCACAGAGGAGAAAUACAAAAAGAUCAACGAGGAGUUCGACAACAUGAUGAAGAGUCAUAAAAUUUCCACAGGUCAGCCGCAGCAGCACUUCAUGCACUCAGCACCAGGCAGCACAGCCUACUGCCCUGGUGCAGGAGGAGGAGGAGGAGGAGGAGGAAGGGGAGGAGUGACCUCCCAGGCUUUAGCUGCAGCAACAGCAGUUCUGGCUGACAGCGGGCUCCUCUCCUCUCCUCACACAUACACCCACAGAAACUCCUCACAAAGACUUCUCAACACUGGAAGCGCAGGUGGCCUGCAGGACAGUUCUAAUCUGGCUCUGCACAAUGGAUCUGGAGCAGCUGUGAAUGGAUUUGUGGGUCUGAGUGCUGGAAGCAGCCUGGGGAAGAUUUUGCCACCAAAAUCUCCUCCUCUUCCUCUCCUCCAUCAGGGGAACAGCUUGGUCCACGGCAGCCGAAAAGCCGACCUCCGAGUGCUCGUCCCUCACUCCAAAGGAACGAUGCUGAGUAACCAGAGGCUGAGCAGCCCUCAGUCCACUCAGCCUCUGUCCACACCUGUGGUCUCCAUCACCACACCAAGUCUGCCUCACCAGAGUCUGGCCUACUCCAGCAUCAACUCUGCCUACAGCAACGAUUACUCCCUGAGUAGCGCAGAGAUGUCAGGCUUCAGCUCUGCCUCCUCUCUCGGCUCCAUGGCACCAUGGGAGCAGCACCAGCUCGGCUCUUUAGGGUCAGGAAGCUCUAAUCUCACCAUCAACUCAAACCACAACAUCAACAUCAAAGCUGAGCCCAUCUCACCACCACGCGACCACCUCAGCCAGCCAUACGCGAAGCAUCCACACGCUCCUCCUCAUCCUUCCUCCUCAUCCUCGCGAGCAGAGACAGGCAGGUCCCCUGCAGACAGCGUCAACUCGUCCUGCGGCUCCCACGAGGACGGCAGCGACCGGGAAGAGCAGCAGCAGCAGCGACGCCCAGACCUCCACUCGCUCCCUGCGGGCCGGUUAGAGGGCCGGGAGAGUCCGACCGUAAAACGAAUGCGAAUGGACAGCUGGGUGACAUAAAACCUGACGUCCUAAAAAUCCAUUAAUAAAGAAAUGAAUAAAAGGAAUCAGGACAAACRCAGCAGGGACUCUUUAUGCAAAUAAAUUUGUCAAAAGUAUCCAUCUUUUAAAAAUUCAUCUUUAAAUUAUGUGUUUUCUUUAUGUUUUCAUUGCUUUCAGUUUUGUUGAAGCAGAUUUGCUCAACAAAUUCAGCUCUUGUGUUUCAGGUUAAACCAGAGAGGAGCUCAUGGAUGUUUUCCCCACUGUGUGUCAACCAACUCAUUUCUGAACCUCUCAGGGUGAAAAACAAUAAAAAAAACUACAGCUAAAAGCAAUACUCCAUCCACAUCA